AUGUUCGCCUCAAAACCCAGGAAGGUCACCCUCACGCUCCUUUGCCUCGUCAUCGCCCUCGCUCUCGCCUCGGUGUCCGAGGCGAACGACUUCACCCUCCAGCGCCGCGACCACAAUGAGGUCGGGCGCAUGCUCAGGAAACGCGCACCCGAUUUCCUUGGUAUAGGUGGUCUCGGUAACGAUCCUCCCACAGGCAGUACUAGUGCUGGUGGUGCCGCAAGCACGGCUGCGAGCGACGCCGUGUCCAGCUCCACUGCUGCUGCUGCCUCCUCGACCGCAGCAGCUUCGUCCACUGGGGGUGCGAAGUCCUCGUCUGCCUCAAGCGCCUCCAGCGCUACCUCGUCCGCUGCUUCGGCUACCUCGUCCGCCGCUGCUACGUCGAGCGGGACCAGCACCUCACCGUCCUCUUCCUCGGCGGCUAGCUCUACCUCCUCCUCUGCGAAGACUUCGUCAGCGACCUCUGCGUCGACUGGCACCUCCUCGUCUCCCUCCGCCACCUCCACACCCCCUGCUCAAACCUCUGCCGACAAUAACGCGGCUAACACACAAGCCACGGAUACUCCAACUGAUACCCAAGGCGCUACUUCCAAUACACCCGUCGGCGGCUCUACCCAAACGGUCUUCACGUCUGCGACCCCGACUUCGUCAGCCGCGGCGAAUGCUGUCCAAGCUGCAAGCGCGUCCAAGAUCACUCGUAACACUCUGAUCAUUAUCGUUGUCAUCGCUUCCACCGUCGGCCUUGUCGCUGUUAGCUGGACGCUCUUCCGCAAGUGGAAGCUCCGCCCCUCGUCGCACUUCGACGACCGCAUGCAGCCCAUCGACUGGCAGCCCACCAACGACCAAGACGACGGUCUGCCCAGGCACCGCCGCGAGGGCUCGGGCGCCUCACACGGUUCAUUCCACUCUGGCACCGGGCAUAUCGAGAACUCCGGUUACGGCGCUACUUCGGAGAACGGCCAUGGAUCCCCGCUCAACCCCAUCCCGGACCACGACUUCACGGCGGGCGCCACGGGUCUUGCACCCGUGGGCGGGUAUGCCGACCUCCAGCGCGGCCCGAGCCCGCAGCCGCAGAUGGGCGAGCUCGCGCGCGGGCCCAGCGUGGCGCGCCCGAACUACGACACGUACGGUAUGCCGCUGCACCACCAGGGCGGCUACGACCCGUACGCGUACGAGUACAACGGCGCGAACGUGACGCGCUACUGA